ACUGUCAAAUUUGUUAGCAUUUGUUGGGAUUUUGGUGGCAUAUUACAGCGUGUGUUGCUUGUGUUAAGUUGUUUGAGAUUAUAAUUCAAAUAUUUUUGAUUUCUGCGUAUAAAUAUUUAUAAAAUACAUUAAUUUCACACAAUGGAUGUAGCUGAUCAACAAAUUGGUCAACUGCGCGUAAAGGAUGACAUAGGAAUACGUUGUCAAAAGCUGUUUCAGGAUUUCUUGGAUGAAUUUAAAGAAGAUGGUGAGAUUAAAUAUCUUUCACCAGCUAAAGAAUUAGAGCAGCCUGAUCGUUACACUCUGGAAGUGAGUUUCGACGAUAUUGAAAAGUAUAAUCAAAACUUGGCAACAACUAUAAUUGAAGAGUACUACCGUAUAUACCCAUUCCUAUGUAAAGCAGUGGAAAACUAUGUUAAAGAUAAUUCAGGCUUGAAAACUGAAAAGGAUUGUUAUGUGUCAUUUACAGAAGUGCCAACCCGUCAUAAAGUGCGCGAUUUGACUACAUCGAAAAUUGGUACCCUUAUUCGUAUAUCUGGUCAAGUAGUGCGCACACAUCCUGUUCAUCCUGAACUUGUGACAGGCACAUUUAUUUGUUUGGACUGUCAAACGGAGAUACGAAAUGUGGAACAACAGUUCAAAUUUACAAAUCCAACCAUUUGCCGCAAUCCAGUAUGCGCCAAUCGGCGGCGCUUUAUGUUGGAUGUGGAGAAGUCACUUUUUGUAGAUUUUCAAAAAAUACGCAUACAAGAGACACAGGCUGAACUGCCGCGUGGUUGUAUACCGCGUUCUGUGGAAAUUAUUUUACGUUCCGAAUUGGUUGAAACCGUGCAGGCAGGUGAUCGUUAUGAUUUUACUGGGACACUAAUUGUGGUUCCAGAUAUUUCAGUGCUGAACAUGCCUGGUGCAAAGGCAGAUCAAAGUUCACGCCACAAACGUGGCGAAGGACCUGAAGGUGUGACAGGCCUAAAAGCUUUAGGUUCACGUGAUCUUAAUUAUCGUAUGGCGUUUCUAGCCUGUAGCGUACAAGCUACCACCGCACGUUUUGGUGGCACGGAUCUUCCAAUGUCAGAGGUAACUGCUGAAGAUAUGAAAAAGCAAAUGACUGAUGCGGAAUGGAAUAAAGUUUAUGAGAUGUCAAAAGAUCGUAAUCUUUAUAAUAAUCUUAUAAAUAGUUUAUUUCCUUCUAUCUAUGGAAAUGAUGAAGUGAAGCGCGGUAUUUUACUACAAUUGUUUGGUGGAGUUGCUAAAACUACACAUGAAAAAACAUCCUUGCGUGGUGACGUUAACGUUUGUAUUGUUGGCGAUCCAAGUACAGCGAAGUCUCAAUUCCUAAAGCAAGUUGCAGAUUUUUCACCGCGUGCUGUGUACACAUCGGGCAAGGCAUCAUCGGCAGCAGGUCUGACAGCUGCUGUAGUACGUGACGAAGAAAGUUUUGAUUUUGUCAUAGAAGCCGGCGCGCUUAUGUUGGCUGAUAAUGGCAUAUGUUGUAUUGAUGAAUUCGACAAAAUGGAUCCACGGGAUCAAGUCGCUAUACAUGAAGCGAUGGAACAACAGACGAUAUCGUUAGCCAAAGCUGGCGUACGUGCCACACUAAAUGCACGCACUUCUAUACUUGCAGCAGCUAACCCAAUCAAUGGUCGGUACGAUCGCUCAAAAAGCUUGCAACAAAAUAUACAACUGUCGGCACCAAUUAUGUCCCGUUUUGAUUUGUUCUUCAUAUUGGUAGACGAGUGUAAUGAAGUAGUCGAUUAUGCCAUUGCAAGAAAAAUUGUUGAUUUACAUUCUAAUGUUGAGGAUAAUGUGGAACGUGCUUAUACACGUGAAGAAGUUUUACGGUAUAUAACAUUUGCACGUCAGUUCAAGCCUAUUAUCACUGAAGAUGCUUGCCAGCUGUUAGUAGAGAACUAUGGACAUCUGCGCCAACGCGAUACUGGUAUUGCAGGUCGCAGCACUUGGCGUAUUACUGUGCGGCAGUUGGAAUCGAUGAUACGCUUGAGUGAAGCAAUGGCUAAGCUAGAGUGUAUGAGCGAGGUUUUGGAUCGCCAUGUUAGAGAAGCUUUCCGUUUGUUAAAUAAAUCUAUAAUACGCGUGGAACAACCUGAUAUACAUUUAGAUGAUGAUGAUGUGGAUGAAGCUUUUACUGGUGAUGUGGAUAUGGAAAAUAAUGGUGGUGUGGCGAACGGUGCUGGUGACGCUGACGGAGAAAAUGGACAUGAUGGCAUUCAAAAGAAAAAAAUGACGUUAUCAUUCGAAGAUUAUAAAAAUCUUUCAACGAUGCUGGUUUUGCAUAUGCGCGGUGAAGAAGCACGCGCUGAAGCUGAAAGCUCUGAUUCAGGUAUGAAGCGCAGUGAUGUUGUUACGUGGUAUUUGGAGCAAGUGGCAGAUCAAAUUGAAUCGGAAGAAGAACUUAUUUCACGUAAGAAUCUUAUCGAAAAAGUCAUCGACCGUUUGAUUUACACAGACCAAGUUAUAAUUCCUCUUCAAACCGGAGAACUUAAACAGCCUGGCAGAAGUCCACGACGUCGAACAAGUACAGAUGAAGCAGCAGAAGCGGAGGACGAUCCUGUACUAGUAGUACAUCCAAAUUAUAUUGUAGAAUAAUUUUAUAAUUGUUUUGUUUAAGUUUGUAGUUUUAAUUUUAUUUUGAAUCCACAAUUCUACGAAUUGUUCAUAUUCUUAUAAUUUUUUUUAUUGAUACUGUAUUUACUUCAAUACUUCAAGGCGAUAUGAGUAGUCGCCUAAUGUAUUUCUCUUAUUAUAUACAAUAUUAAC